AUGCGAGGCUUAAGUUUAGACGCUGAUGAUUUGGAGAAUUCACAAGUUCUUCAAUUACAACAACGAAUUAUAGAAGAUCAAGAUGAAGAUUUAGAUAGAUUAGGUGCAGCGAUCGGGCGUCAAAGAGAAAUAGGAUUAAUGAUUGGAGAAGAGUUAGAAUAUCAUGUUUCAUUAUUGGAAGAAACUGAUGUUCAUAUUGAUAGUGUUGAUGGAAAGUUAAAUAAUGCAAAAAAAAGCCUUUCAAAAAUAUCAAAAAAAGUUAAAGAUAAAAACUUUGAUUUUGAAGGCAGUUUAAAACCAAUUUAG